UGAAGGAGGGAAGGGCGCGGGCCGGCCCGGCACCGCGGCCUGGAGCCGGCGCCCUGCGGGAGCGAGCGUCCUGUUGCGAUCGAAAGCUCGAGUCGGAGGGAGAUUUCUGCGAGACUUUCCCUCUGUCCCGGCAGAAAGGCGAAGAGAAUGCACCCUCCUGAGAGCACCGCCAAAAUGUCUUCGGUCCGGUUCAUGGUGACACCGACCAGGAUCGAUGACAUCCCGGGCUUGUCGGACACCAGCCCGGACCUCAGCUCGCGCUCCAGCUCCCGCGUGAGGUUCAGCUCCCGGGAGAGCGUGCCCGAGACCAGCCGCAGCGAGCCCGUGAGCGACCUGUCCGGGCUCACCACCUCGCUGGCCACCGUCGCCCUCGACCCCGCCAGUGACCGGACCUCCCACCCCCAGGACGCGGCGGAGGACCCGAAUCAGAACUCCAUCACAGGGGAGCACAGCCAGCUGCUAGAUGAUGGACAUAAGAAAGCUAGAAAUGCUUAUCUCAACAAUUCCAAUUAUGAAGAAGGAGAUGAAUAUUUUGAUAAAAACUUGGCACUUUUUGAGGAAGAAAUGGACACAAGACCAAAGGUGUCCUCUCUUCUUAAUCGCAUGGCCAAUUACACUAAUCUGACACAAGGAGCAAAGGAGCAUGAAGAAGCUGAAAAUAUCACUGAAGGAAAAAAGAAACCCACCAAGACGCCCCAAAUGGGCACCUUCAUGGGUGUCUACCUCCCAUGUCUACAAAAUAUUUUUGGAGUGAUUCUGUUUCUGCGGCUUACAUGGGUAGUGGGCACUGCCGGAGUUCUUCAGGCCUUUAUAAUUGUCCUUAUCUGCUGCUGCUGUACAAUAUUGACUGCUAUCUCCAUGAGUGCCAUUGCCACUAACGGAGUGGUGCCAGCUGGGGGCUCAUACUUUAUGAUUUCCCGGGCACUGGGCCCUGAGUUUGGUGGAGCUGUUGGCCUCUGCUUUUACCUUGGUACCACAUUUGCAGCAGCCAUGUAUAUCCUUGGUGCCAUUGAAAUUUUUCUGGUAUACAUCGUCCCUCGAGCUGCAGUCUUCCGCAGUGAUGAUGCACUCAAGGAGUCAGCAGCCAUGCUAAAUAACAUGCGUGUCUAUGGCACAGCCUUCCUGGUUCUCAUGGUCUUGGUGGUGUUCAUCGGAGUGCGCUAUGUGAACAAGUUUGCAUCACUUUUCCUGGCUUGUGUCAUUGUUUCCAUCCUGGCCAUCUAUGCGGGAGCCAUCAAGUCUGCCUUCGCCCCACCACACUUCCCGGUUUGCAUGCUGGGUAACCGCACCCUUUCAUCAAGACACAUUGACAUCUGCUCGAAGACCAAGGAGAUUAACAACAUGACAGUACCAUCCAAAUUAUGGAGCUUCUUCUGUAACUCAAGUCAGUUUUUCAAUGCCACCUGCGAUGAAUACUUUGUUCACAAUAAUGUCACUUCAAUCCAGGGCAUCCCUGGGUUGGCUAGUGGCAUCAUCACAGAGAACCUUUGGAGUAAUUAUUUGCCUAAAGGGGAGAUCAUUGAAAAGCCUUCGGCCAAAUCAGCUGACAUCUUGGGUAGCUUAAACCAUGACUACGUGCUUGUGGACAUCACCACCUCCUUCACUCUCCUGGUGGGCAUCUUCUUCCCCUCUGUCACAGGUAUCAUGGCGGGAUCAAACAGGUCUGGAGAUUUGAAAGACGCUCAGAAGUCCAUCCCCAUUGGAACCAUUCUUGCCAUCCUGACCACAUCCUUUGUCUACUUGAGCAACGUUGUCCUUUUUGGUGCAUGCAUUGAAGGAGUUGUUCUUAGAGACAAAUUUGGGGAUGCUGUGAAAGGUAAUUUAGUGGUCGGUACCUUAUCUUGGCCGUCCCCAUGGGUGAUUGUUAUUGGCUCCUUCUUUUCAACAUGUGGGGCUGGACUUCAGAGCCUCACAGGUGCACCAAGGCUCCUGCAGGCGAUUGCCAAGGACAACAUCAUACCAUUUCUGAGAGUGUUUGGUCACAGCAAAGCCAAUGGGGAGCCCACCUGGGCCUUACUUCUAACUGCAGCCAUUGCAGAGCUGGGGAUCCUCAUUGCCUCUUUGGACCUUGUGGCCCCAAUUCUUUCCAUGUUUUUUCUCAUGUGUUACCUCUUUGUGAACUUGGCAUGUGCCUUGCAAACAUUACUUCGAACACCCAACUGGAGACCCCGAUUCCGCUACUACCACUGGACCCUCUCUUUCAUGGGCAUGAGUAUCUGUCUGGCUCUGAUGUUCAUUUCUUCCUGGUAUUAUGCUAUCGUAGCAAUGGUAAUCGCUGGUAUGAUCUACAAGUACAUUGAGUACCAAGGAGCUGAGAAGGAGUGGGGUGAUGGCAUCCGUGGGCUGUCCCUCAGUGCCGCCCGGUUUGCUUUGCUUCGGCUGGAGGAGGGACCUCCACACACCAAAAACUGGAGGCCUCAGCUGCUCGUGUUACUGAAACUGGAUGAAGACUUACAUGUCAAGCAUCCUCGUCUCCUCACCUUUGCUUCACAGCUCAAAGCAGGAAAGGGUCUCACUAUUGUGGGCUCUGUCAUCGUGGGGAACUUCCUGGAGAACUACGGUGAAGCUUUGGCUGCUGAGCAGACCAUUAAGCACCUAAUGGAGGCAGAGAAGGUAAAAGGGUUCUGUCAGCUGGUGGUUGCUGCCAAGCUCAAAGAGGGCAUCUCCCACCUCAUCCAGUCCUGUGGCCUCGGAGGCAUGAAGCACAACACGGUGGUGAUGGGCUGGCCCAACGGCUGGCGUCAGAGUGAAGAUGCACGCGCUUGGAAGACUUUUAUUGGCACAGUUCGCGUGACAACUGCUGCCCACCUCGCUCUGUUGGUGGCCAAAAAUGUGUCCUUCUUCCCCAGCAAUGUGGAGCAGUUCUCCGAGGGCAACAUCGACGUCUGGUGGAUUGUCCAUGACGGGGGCAUGCUCAUGCUGCUGCCCUUCCUGCUGCGGCAGCACAAGGUGUGGCGAAAAUGCAGCAUUCGAAUCUUCACAGUGGCCCAGCUAGAAGACAACAGCAUCCAGAUGAAGAAGGACCUGGCCACCUUCCUGUAUCACCUGCGCAUUGAGGCAGAGGUGGAGGUGGUAGAGAUGCAUGACAGCGACAUAUCAGCUUAUACUUACGAGCGCACUCUGAUGAUGGAGCAGAGGUCCCAGAUGCUCCGGCACAUGCGGCUUUCCAAAACUGAGCGUGACCGAGAGGCACAGUUGGUGAAAGACCGGAAUUCGAUGCUCCGAUUGACCAGCAUUGGCUCUGAUGAGGAUGAAGAGACAGAAACCUAUCAGGAGAAGGUGCACAUGACUUGGACAAAAGACAAGUACAUGGCAUCCCGGGGGCAAAAGGCCAAGUCAAUGGAAGGGUUCCAGGACCUACUUAAUAUGCGGCCGGACCACUCCAAUGUGAGACGGAUGCACACAGCCGUGAAGCUCAAUGAGGUCAUCGUCAACAAGUCUCAUGACGCAAAGCUGGUUUUGUUGAAUAUGCCAGGCCCACCCCGAAAUCCCGAGGGGGACGAAAACUACAUGGAGUUCCUGGAGGUGCUGACGGAGGGGCUGGAACGAGUCCUCCUGGUGCGCGGCGGUGGCAGCGAGGUGAUCACCAUCUACUCUUAGCCCACUCCCGGAGCACUGCUUGCCACGCCUCCCUGAAGGCUCGUCCUCUGCGGAAGUGACCGCGCUCACACCACGCCCACUCCCGAGUCUGCUCUCUGCACACUGCGCUGAGCCUCAGGUACUUGCUCAGAAGACUACAAGUAGAUGUGCUCUGGCUGCCAUUCCAUCUGCUGUCCCAGCAGAAGCAGAAAAUAGUCCCUCCACAUCAAAAGAGCCAUUUCUGUACCAAUAGAAUGCAAGUUAGAAUUAACAAGCAAAGCUGAAGGCAGUAACUGAUUUAAAAAGAAAAAAAAAGGCUGCUAGAAAUUUAGCUAAAGAGUUAAAGCAAGCACAUCCACAGUUAUUAAAGAUCAGUCUCAGAAGUCAUGGUUCAGUGAAGUCAUGGUUCAGGGUGGCAGGCAGAGACAGCUUCACCUUACUAGAGCUCAUGGCUAAGUACUCAGAACUGUCCUUGUAGGGUGACCUACCAUAGCAAGACAAGACGGAAGACAUCUGGUUUUCUUCAGUGUACCUACUGGGCUCAAAUUGACUCUUGGGGUACUAAUGUACAGAAUCCACGACAUGGCUCAAAGGUACCCCAAAAUACCAAGUUUAAGUAUCUACACUGUCAGUCUAAAUUCCAGCCAUUUGUUUCCCUUAUGACCCAUUCUUUGGUAUUAAUGCAGGCAUUGUUAUCAUGGAAAUUGUUGUUUGUUUGUUUUUUAGGUAGAAGUUUUCUUUAGGUUCUCUCCAAAUGGCUGAACUAAGGGAAUUUAAAGGGUAGCUGUUAAGAUUUACUGAAAUACAGUCUGUGGUUAUCUGUGUAAUACAAGCAAUACAUACAUGGUGAAUUUGAGAAGCAUACAGGCCAGUAGUUUCUCCUUUCCCUCUUUGUAUGCCUAGUUUGUUAACAUAGGUUUUUAAAAAAAUCAAGGAACAAGUACUAGGAAGACUGGCUAAAAUGCUUUGAAGCUUUGGACCAUCUUUAAAGGGAGAAUUCUACAGUGGAAUUUUAAGUUCUAGAGCCAUACUCCUACAGUGCCAAAGUUACUGAAUUGCUACUCCUUAGACACUUAAAAGUGACAGACAAGGAACUUCUCUCUCACUGAGAAAGCUAUGAUCACAGAUGACUCGAGGCACUUGCCUAAACUCUGGAAGUAAGACCAUUCAACCCUUUCAAUUUUAUUUUUCAUUCUGACAGUUACCAAGCUGGGGUCUACUAUUUUUCUUUCCAAAAUGCUCUACAUGUGCCAAGCUCAGCAUUCUGCCUACUGCUUCAUUAAUCACAAAACAUCUGGCUUCCAGCCUAGGAAACUCUUAUCAGAGCCUACAAUAUGGCUGCUUUAAACGGACUUUAUUAAUAGUGUCACUCCUCUUUGAUUAUUGAGCAGGAACAAAGCUGACGCUAAGUCUCACAGAUCAUUUGGCCCAGAAACAGAGAAAACCCUUCGGUAUGGCUUUCAGAACAAAAAAUAGUUUGUUCAGGAACUGUUUACAGAUCCCAAGGCGACACUCCAUUCAUAGGUGAGCACAGCAGUAAUGGGUCGGGUCUCCUGAGGUCCAGUAUCUGCAAAAGGUCAGCCUGCCCAGGACUUGUUCAGCGUUCACAUGUACCCUUGGCCAAACUGAUAGAUACUUUUUCCAUACAGAAUAUAGACCAGUAUUUGUGAAAUAUAAGGUUAAUUUUAGAAGGGCUGUUUGUGGUUGGAGCGAAGAAUCUUUUUAAAGAAAUAAGGGAAUUAGUGGAUAUUUGCAAAACCAUUAUUUCAGGCCCUAAAACAAAAUCACUGUUACAUGGAAAAUGGUUAUUAGGCCAGAUUUACUCAUCUGUCUAGAGCAUUUCGUGUGUAUGUGUUGCUUAGGUUGUUUGUCUGCAAAGUGUCUUGUCUCUUUUAAUCACUGCAAAUAAAAAGCAAUAUAAAAACUGGAUGAGAGAGAAUGCACCUUAGGGAAAGGGGAUUUAUAUUUCAAGAGGGAAGAGAAAGAUCUUCUCCUGCCUCUUGGAUACGAGGACUUCCAGGGCAGAUUAUAGAAAUACACGUUCUACCACCGCGGGCCCUGCCUUCCAUAGACAGCCGUCUUAAAAGCUGGCAUUUAACAACAGGCUUGCUGGACAGGGGCGCCUCCCCCGGCACGGGAAAGGUCACCACUGUCGAUUCCAUUGCCUUCAGUUCCUGUGGCUCCAGGGAUCCCACCAAUCAUCCACCCCCAUCCCCGCGUUAAAUACUCCUCAUUGUGGGUAUUAAAAGUCAUAGUUACCCUGUAAGCAUAUUUACGUGCUCUUUUUUCUCGUUUUUCUUUUCAUCAUGUUUAAUUUGCAUACAGCAUUGGUUUCUCACUUUUCCCACAUGCAUCCCCAAUAGAAUUAUUUCAGCUUAUGUUAAAUAGCAGUAAAAUACAGAUUCAAAGGAAAUUUGUGUAACUUUUUAAAAGCAUUUAAUUUAUUGAAACACUCCUGUUUACAUAGUUCUGCUUGUAUUGUUUUGCUCUGUACUGACAGAUAAAUAAAGUUUUCUACAUUAUUUUCAGGCA